AUGUACGUUGACGAGGCAGGUCCAAUUGGUAGUAGUGGAAGUGAUGGCUCUGAUGAUGACUAUGAACGAGGAAUUGGGAGCUCUGAUGAUGAUGAUGAACAAGGAAUUGGUAGCUCUGAUGUGGAUGAUGAACCAGUCAGCAAAAGAUUGAAGAAAGUCUAA